AUGGUGCCAGUAGGGGAGAAAGGUUGGGUGAAUGAAGAAGAUAGGUUUGGUGAUGUCUAUAGAAAAGGGGUGUCUGAUUUUAUCGAUUUUGACUGAGUGAAGGUGGAAAGCAAGAGUCUUGGGUGUAAAGUCUGCCUAGAUUCAAACCUGGUGGUGGUAAACUUGAACUCAAGAGAAUAGACAAAUACAUCGAUGAACCUGCUAUAAUGGAUUUUGAGGCCAAUAGGAUGGCCUCCAAUCGAAGCAGUUCUGGUCCGUCUAUAUCAGCUACCACAUCAUCGCAGCAAAAUGUAUCUUGCUCGUCUGCAAAACCGAAGCUGAUUGUUGAAGUCAAUAUUGAUGGCAAGAUCGAAGGAGAUGCGGCAGCGAGAUUCUCUACUAGGCUAGGAGAGCUCAUAAGGACUCAUAUUCCUAUAUCAUACAAGGAGUGGAGGUUGGCCCCUGUCAAUUUUAAAGACGACGUGGAAUGCUUUGAUGGGUGAAUUUUCAUUGACUGUUGACCCAGCAGUCUGCCGUGAAAUCAUUGAAGUGUCAUUUCCACCGUAUUAUAGGAGAUUCAAAUACGAGUUAAGGAAGGCAUUAAAACGGAUAGUAAAAGCUCUUAGACAAGCAGAAAAAGCAUCUCUUAGAGUUGAACAAGCAAUAAAGGAGGGAGUUGAAAUACCUGAGGCUGAGGAGGAAGAUGAAGAUGAAGCACUUCCAGAACUCACUCCAGAAAUUUGGGAAAGUGUAAGAGAAGAUGUUCCACCUAGGAUUAAUGGGAUUAAUCCAAAUAUCUGGAAGGAAUUUGUUGAUAUGGAGAAAAAUCCUGAAAAGAUAGCAAAGAAUAAGGUGAAUGCAGAGAGCAAAGCAAAGAACACUAUCCACCAUACACUUGGGAGGUGCACAUACCACAACAAGAAGCAUAAGUUAGAUGAAAUGAGCGAAAAAGUGGUACUACCGUCGACUACAGAGAAAUGGUUAUACGGACAUUUAAGACGUGAUGGGACUGUCCAUCCCAGUGCAUGGCAAAGUAUCAGGGGCUCUAGAGAGGAACAAAAGGAAAGGAGAUCAUUCAAGUUCUAG